AUGGCCUCUGUCGCAAAGGGUCGGACCUCACGCCGGUCUGCCCCCCGCCGGAGUUAUGUCGUCGAAACUUCUGAAUCGGAAGACUCGGGAAAUGUAACACCAACACCAGAUACGCAGGAUGACGACGAGGAGGAUGAGCAGGAGGAAUAUACACCGGUUCCCAAGAAAGCAAAGCGCGCAUCUAGCCAAAGAAUGACACUUGAGCCUGUGACACCUGCGACCGUCCGCGCAACCAGCAAAACCCAAGCGGCAACACAUGACGAUUCCGAUGCGAUGGACACGGAUGCCGAUGCCGAUUUGGUGGACGUUGAUGCGAUGGACGUGGACGAACCGGAUGAUGACAAUGAAAGUGAUGUCAACGAAGAGAACGACGAGAAUGACGAGAACGACGAAGGAGCUAGUAUUGCGUCGAUGGAAGCCGAUCCAGAGUCGCCUUCCAGCAAAGCGGCAUUGAAGAGAAAAAGUAUGGCCCAUUCCCGCAAGAGCAGUGGCUCAAUCACACCCAAACCAGCACAGGGCUCACUCCCAACUCCAGAGCCAUCCCAGUCCCCAGAGCCCCAGGUGCACGCACAACGAGCCAGCGUACCACCUUUAGCCGAUAUUACCGAAUCCGCUGUCAACCAGAGCGAGUCACCAUCGAAGCAGCCAGAAGAAGCCCCAUCCCAGAUCAAUAUUAUCAACCCCAAUUCGACAGUGCUAGAGAGGCCUAUGGACAUCGUGGCGAAGUCCAGAACCCAGGCUCCCCAAACACCGGAGGAGCCUGAGGGGCCUAAACCCCGCAUGAUCAUUGAGAAUCUUAUUCUGACAAACUUCAAGAGUUAUGCGGGCCAACAGAUUGUUGGACCGUUCCACGCUUCCUUUUCAUCUGUUGUCGGACCCAAUGGUUCUGGAAAGUCCAAUGUCAUUGACUCUCUACUCUUCGUGUUCGGCUUCCGCGCCAGCAAGAUGCGACAGGGCAAGAUUUCCGCACUGAUCCACAACUCUGCCCAGUACCCCAACCUUGCUUACUGUGAAGUGGAAGUCCAUUUCUCCCAGGUGAUUGAUUUGCCCGAAGGGGGGCAUGAAGUAGUCCCAGAUUCCCAACUGAUUGUUUCUCGACGAGCGUUCAAAAACAACACCAGCAAAUACUACAUGAACAAAAAAGAAACCAACUUUACCGCUGUGACCACCUUCCUCCGGGAUCGCGGUAUUGACCUCGACCACAAACGAUUCCUGAUCUUGCAGGGUGAAGUUGAGUCAAUCGCCCAGAUGAAACCCAAAGCCGCCAACGAGCACGACGAAGGCCUACUGGAAUACUUGGAAGACAUCAUCGGAACCUCCAAGUACAAGACCCCGAUUGACGAAGCAGCCACAGAGCUUGAAACCCUGAACGAUGUCUGCGUGGAGAAGAACAAUCGUGUUCAGCACGUGGAGAAGGAGAAGACUGCUCUGGUAGACAAGAAAGACAAGGCCCUGGCCUAUGUUCGCGAGGAAAACGAAUUGGCCCAGAAACAAUCCGCCCUCUACCAAAUUUACAUCGAUGAAUGUUCUGACAAUGUUCGCGUCACCGAAGAGGCGAUUCUUCAAAUGCAAGAACUACUCAACAUGGAGCUCGAAAAACACGAGGGAAAUGAGUCCGGCAUCAAAGAACUUGAGAAGGCCUACAAAAAGGGUAUGCGCUACUAUGAGUCAAUGGAGAAGGAUACCCAAGGGCUGCUCAAGGAAAUGGCGAAAUACGACAAGGAAUCCGUCAAAUUCGAAGAGAAGAAGAAGUUCUUGCUCGGCAAACAGAAGAAAUUGGAAAAGGCCAUGCAAACCAGCCGCCUCGCGGCCUCCGAAUGCCAAAGCUUAGUUGAGAAGUUCACUUCAGACAUCGAAAAGAAGACCGCCGAAACAACCCAACUUGAGGGUGAGAUGGUCACUAAAGAGAAGGAACUCAACUCCAUCCGUGAGGGGCUCAAGGGCAAGACCCAAGGCCUUUCGGAUGAGAUUGCUGCCAAACAGAAGUCACUGGAGCCAUGGAACGCCAAGAUCAAUGAGAAACAGUCCGCUGUUGCUGUUGCCCAGAGUGAGCUCGACAUUCUACGAGAGCGUGGAAACGCUGGCGCAGUUUUGCUCGAGGAGGCGCAAGGGAAGAUUGUCACCAUCGAGGAAAGUCUACAGUCCAAGGAAGGCGAGCUGGAAGAGCGACAAUCCCAGAAGGAAACUCUGGAGGCGGAAGUCCAGAAGCUUCAACAUGACCUCAAGAAGUAUGCUUCACGUGAGCCCGAGGUUCGUUCGCACGUAUCCAGCGCCCGACAGAAAGCAGACGAAGCUCGAGUCAGCUUGGCAAGCACCCAGAACCGUGGAAGCGUUUUGACUGGAUUGAUGCGCCUCAAAGAGUCGGGUCGUAUCGAUGGCUUCCAUGGCCGCCUCGGCAACCUGGGUACGAUUGAUGAGAAGUAUGAUGUUGCUAUCUCCACGGCUUGUCCAGCUCUUGACAACAUGGUUGUUGAAACGGUGGAGGUUGGUCAACAGUGUAUCGACUACCUGCGCAAAAACAACCUUGGACGCGCAAACUUUAUUCUCCUCGAUCGUCUCCCUCGCCGGGACAUGUCCACUAUUUACACCCCCGAGAGUGUCCCUCGUCUGUUCGAUCUCGUCAAGCCAAAGGAUCCCAAGUUUGCACCGGCCUUUUACAGUGUGAUGCAAAACACCCUUGUUGCUAAAGAUCUGGAGCAAGCAAACCGGAUUGCCUACGGAGCUCGGCGCUGGCGAGUGGUCACUCAAGAUGGCCAAUUGAUCGACGUUUCAGGUACUAUGAGUGGUGGUGGCACCCGGGUUGCUCGCGGUGGUAUGUCAUCAAAGCAAGUCGCCGAUACUACCAAGGAGCAGGUAUCCCGCUUGGAGUCAGACCUCGAGGAUCUUGAAAAGAAGUUCCAGGCCUUCCAGGAGAAGCAGCGUCACGUGGAGGCUCAGAUGAAAGAAAGAUCCGAAGAAAUCCCACGUGUCGAGACCAAAAUCCAGAAGAUUCUCAUUGAGAUCGACAGCACAAAGCGCAGUCUAGUUGAUGCUCAACGCCGUGUGAAGGAACUGGGUGCGCAGCACAAGCCCUCUGACUCCGACGAAGGUCAAAUUGCUGCGCUUGAGAAGCAAAUCAGCAAGGCGCAGAGAGAGAUCGAGAAGCUCAAUGAUGAAAAGAGCGGGAUUGAGGAGGAGAUUCAAACCUUGCAGAGCAAGAUCAUGGAAGUUGGUGGUGUUCGACUUCGUGGCCAGAAGGCCAAGGUUGAUGGCCUAAAGGAGCAAAUUGGCCUGCUUGCCGAUGAAAUUUCGAACGCCGAGGGCCAACAAUCCAAGAACGAGAAACUCAUCAAGAAGCACUCGAAGGCCCGGGAUGUCUCCGAAAAUGAGAUUGGCCAAAUCACCGAUGAGCUAGAGAAGCUCGAAGAGGAUGUUGCCAACCAGGCCAACGAAUCUUCCGAUUGGAGACAAAAGGCCGACGAGGCCCAAGAGGCACUCGAAUCUCAGCGGGGCGAGCUCUCAACCAUGAAGGAAGAGCUCGAUGCAAAGGUGACUGAGCUGAAUGAAACGCGUGCUACUGAGAUCGAGAUGCGUAACAAACUGGAGGAGAACCAGAAGGCUUUGUCCGAAAACCAAAAGCGAAGCCGCUACUGGGAGGAGAAGCUCUCAAAGUUGACUAUUCAAAACAUCAGCGACAUUGGAGAAGAGCAAGAGCCUACCGAACUCCAAAUGUACACCAAGGACGAGUUGGACGCCAUGAACAAGGAAUCUUUGAAAGCGGUCAUUGUUACUCUGGAAGAGAAGGUCCAAAAUGCCUCUGUCGACCUUUCAGUUAUUGAGGAAUACCGCCGCCGAGCCGCCGAGCAUGAAUCUCGUUCGGCAGAUCUGAACACCGCUCUGACUUCACGAGACGGGGCCAAGGCUCGCUUGGACGGACUUCGGUCUUCCCGCUUGAAUGGCUUCAUGGAAGGAUUUGGUAUCAUCUCCUUGCGCCUCAAGGAGAUGUACCAGAUGAUCACGAUGGGUGGUAACGCUGAGCUAGAAUUGGUCGACUCGUUGGAUCCUUUCUCUGAGGGUAUUCUAUUCUCAGUCAUGCCACCCAAGAAGAGUUGGAAGAACAUUGGUAACUUGUCCGGUGGCGAAAAGACUUUGUCCAGUCUGGCACUGGUCUUCGCCCUGCAUCAUUACAAGCCCACGCCCCUUUAUGUCAUGGACGAGAUUGAUGCUGCCUUGGAUUUCCGAAAUGUGGGUUGGAAUUUUGUCAUUGCGGUAGUUCUGCCUGCUAACUAUGUCCUUCAGGUGUCCAUUGUCGCCUCUUACAUCAAGGAGCGUACCAAGAAUGCUCAGUUCGUUGUGAUCUCGUUGCGAAACAACAUGUUCGAACUUGCCGCCCGACUCGUUGGUGUUUAUAAGGUCAACCAUAUGACCAAGAGUGUGACAAUCGAGAACCGAGACUAUAUCACGGGUCGGUAA